CCAGUCUGGGCCGGCUCUGGCAUGUGUGAAUGAUACUCCCCGGGCGUGCGGGGCUAGCUCGCGGCGGCUGCCUCCUCCUUUCCCCCGUCCUAGAGUGGAGCCGCUGCUCCCUGCCCGCCCUCGCCCCAUUGUUGCGCCGGGUCUCGGGGUGGGCAGGCGCCCGGCUUUGUGCGGAGAAUUGCUGCAGGACAAGGCUCGAGUGCCUCUUUCAGAUUGAAUGGUGUUUCAAGUGGGACGUAACUGGGGAAGAAGUUUACAGUGUUCUGCUUCAGACUGUUUUCCUGAAGGACUGGCCCCAAGCGGCGGGGGGAAAAAAAAGCCGCAAAUUCGGCGGCAGGUCCUUCCCUCCAAGAGGGACUGAGGUUCCCGGUGCCGAAGUGCCGGACGGGCCGCCCCUCAACGUUGGCCGCCCCAAGCACCUGCUUGCUGUGCUGGUGCCAGGAGCCGGCCCUCAGGACACAACACAGGAGCUGAGUUAGUGCACGAGCUAUGAAGCAAGACUUGGAACGUCAUGGUGACGAGAUGUUGUGAACCAAAAUAAACUGAGACGCUGCAAUGCAAGAAACUCAGAUUUCUUCAUUGCCAUGGAAGAAUUAAUAGUUGAAUUGCGUCUGUUUCUUGAACUUUUGGACCAUGAAUAUCUAACAUCCACUGUCAGGGAGAAAAAAGCAGUAAUAACUAACAUUCUCCUGAGGAUACAGUCAUCAAAAGGUUUUGAAAUAAAAGAACGUGUACAGAAACAAGAAGUUUCCAAUAGUUUGCCUAGUUUGCCUGCCCCACCUCAGAUGCCUCUACCAGAGAUACCUCAGCAGUGGCUGCCACCAGAUAAUGGGCCUCCACCUCUACCAACAUCAUCCCUUCCUGAAGGCUACUAUGAGGAGGCAGUCCCGCUUAGUCCUGGAAAGGCUCCUGAAUAUAUCACUUCCAAUUAUGACUCAGAUGCUAUGAGCAGCUCUUACGAAUCUUAUGAUGAAGAGGAGGAAGAUGGAAAAGGAAAAAAAAUGAGACAUCAAUGGCCUUCUGAGGAGGCUUCUAUGGACCUCGUAAAAGAUGCCAAAAUCUGUGCCUUCCUCUUGAGAAAGAAGCGAUUUGGACAAUGGACCAAACUACUGUGUGUUAUCAAAGAAAACAAACUACUGUGUUAUAAAAGUUCCAAGGAUCAGCAACCUCAGAUGGAACUGCUGUUGAAUGACUGCAGUAUCACAUACAUUCCCAAAGACAGUAAAAAGAAGAAGCAUGAGCUGAAAAUCACUCACCAAGGAACAGAUGCUCUGGUUCUAGCAGUACAGAGCAAAGAGCAAGCGGAACAGUGGUUGAAGGUGAUAAAAGAUGUUUGCAGCAACUGCACUGGAGCGAUAGAUUCAGAUGGACCAUCAUCUAGUUCUCCGAUACACAAGACAGAACUGGAAAAGAAAUUGUCCUACGAGAGGCCAAGCUCAGAUGGGGAGGGUGCUAUAGAAAAUGGAAUCGCUGCUGUGUGUAAUGGAAAAGAACAAGUUAAGAGGAAGAAGAGUUCCAAGUCAGAGACCAAGGGCACAGUGACUAAAGUAACAGGGAAAAAAAUAACAAAGAUCAUCAGUUUAGGAAAGAAAAAGCCAUCAACAGAUGAACAGACCUCAUCAGCUGAGGAAGAUGUUCCAACAUGUGGAUAUCUGAAUGUGCUCUCAAAUAACCGGUGGCGUGAACGCUGGUGCAGAGUGAAAGAUAAUAAGCUCAUUUUCCAUAAGGACAGAACAGAUCUGAAGACCCACAUUGUUUCUAUUCCUCUGCGUGGCUGUGAAGUCAUUCCAGGCUUGGAUUCCAAGCAUCCCUUGACAUUCCGUCUGCUUCGAAAUGGGCAGGAGGUCGCAGUGUUAGAGGCUUCAUCAUCUGAAGACAUGGGCAGAUGGAUUGGGAUUUUACUGUCUGAAACCGGUUCAUCUACAGAUCCUGGAGCCCUGCACUAUGAUUAUAUUGAUGUGGAGAUGACUGCAAGCGUCAUACAAGCUGCAAAACAGACCUUCUGUUUUAUGAACAGACGUGUUAUAUCUACUAAUCCAUAUCGGGGAAGCACUGCCAAUGGCUACGCAUGUCCCAGUGGAAUGGCACUUCAUUAUGAUGAUGUUCCCUGCAUAAAUGGAUCGUGGGAACUUGAAGAUGGCUUUCCUACUUCUCGUAGCAGAAACAUGGGAGAAGAAGUGCUUUAUGAUAACGCAGGCCUGUACGAUAACUUGCCGUCUCCGAAAAUCUUUGCACGCUAUCCACCUGCUGACAGAAAAGCCAAUAGGUUAUCUACUGACAAACUCUCUUCUAACCAUUACAAAAGCCCUGUCUCAUCCAAUCUGUCCUCUGCUCAGUCUGUCACUAACACCUCUGCUGUGGGGAGGGGAUCUGGCUCUCAGUUUAAGGGCAAAAAAAGCCCUGCAACUGCAAAUGGGAUCUUGGGAAAAGGAAGAAUUUUAAACAACCAACAGAAGAAAUCUGAAUCAGCGUCAAGUGUGAAACGCACAGCAUCGAAUGCAGAUCAGUACAAAUAUGGCAAGAACCGCGUCGAGGCAGAUGCGAAGAGGUUACAAACCAAAGAGGAGGAGUUGCUAAGGAGGAAAGAAGCUCUGAGGAACAGGUUGGCUCAGCUCCGAAAAGAAAGGAAAGACCUGCGAGCUGCCAUUGAAGUUAAUGCUGGCAGGAAGACUCAAGUGAUUCUUGAAGAUAAGUUAAGGAAGCUGGAAGAGGAAUGUAAGCUGAAGGAGACGGAGCGUGUUAAUCUGGAGUUGGAACUGACUGAGGUGAAAGAGAGCCUGAAGAAAGCCUUGGCUGGCGGCAUCACACUGGGAUUGGCAAUCGAGCCCAAAUCAGGAACCUCAAGCCCACAGUCUCCAAUUUUCAAGCAUCGAACUCUGGAAAACUCUCCUAUCUCCAGUUGUGAUACGAGUGAUACUGAAUGUUCAAUACCAGUGAACAGUGCAGCAGUGCUGAAGAAACCUCCUUCAUCAAGUAAUUCUCCGUGUCGAGGCCAUGUCCUUCGAAAAGCAAAGGAAUGGGAGCUGAAAAACGGAACAUAAGCAUUACAAAUUUGUUUACUUUGCUUAAAGGCCUUGCUUCAUAUGGACCAAGACAUAGGCUGCAAAAGACUCAUCUGUAAAGUGGUGUCAAGUGACAAGGUUUUAUAAUUAUGUUCAGUUAACAGUAGUUUGGCCUUCAUUUGACUGUACUCUUUCUACUGUAUUACUGUGUAACUGAGUGUGCCCCUUUUUAUUGCCUGUAACUCUUUAUUUCCAACUUUAUUUGUAAAAAUCUUAGUAAAAAGGAGCAUAUAGUUGCAACUGAAAGUUUACAUUGAUGAAAGAGGUUAAACCAACAAUGUAAAUGACAUUGCAUCAAAAAUCCUGAAUGGAAAUCAAGACUGGUGCACGCUUUGAGACCCAGAUGAAAUAAUAUAAAUUUAGAUAUGUUGUACUAGUAAGGCUAAUUUUGACUUUCAGAAUUCCACCACCUGAGAGAGGACUUUUCACAAGCUUGCUCGUUAGGAUUCAUUCAGCUGUUACCUGUUCACUUGGCAGGAGAUUGAAGGAAUGUUUCCACAGGAACGACAUGACUUGUUUGAGCUGGGAAGUCAGGAACUCUUCCCCACCACUCUUUUCGCAAUGGUUAUAAGACGACCAUGGAAUGACAACUUGGCUGUGAAGCAUUUUUUGAUAUAUUUUAGACAGAUGCUUUUGUCAGCAGGACAUAAAAAGCUGCCAUGCAUUUUAAUAUGUUCUUUUUAUUGUUGUUGUUGCUGUUGUGCCUAAGCACCUGUCAUCUUCAAACAUCUCUCAUGUAGUCUAAAAAAUUAUUUGGGCAUGAUUUUAAAAAAAGCAACAAAGUGCUUUUUAUAUGUUGCUUCAUUUCUGCACCUCCCAAAAAAAUCCCACAGACAGCCUCUAAAAUUAAUUUUUAAAUAACAGCAACUUUAAAAGGCUCAUGCAAUUUUGUUUUGCUUGUUUUAACAUUGUUAAAGUCAGGUUUUAUAACUCUAUUGUAUUUGCUUCCUGCGGUCCUUUCAGAUCUUGGAGAAUAUUUUUGAGGAAAUGUGAAUUUCCAAUCUCCUUUAUACACGAUGAUGAAAUAAGAAGUGACAAGACAUUUGUGAGAGAGGACUCAUUUUCUGUUUGUCAAGUAACAGGGUUUUCCUUUUAGUCUGUGAAUAAUUCAGAAGUCUGUUUUCCCUUUGUUAUGUGUAUGUCUCUGCUAAAAAGUCAGAUGCCUUAUUGCCAAACCCAACUGUUCAAAAUUCAUGAGUCGAGCCCCUAAAUUAAUGAGUGGCUUAAAAAUCAUGAAACUUUUGUUUUUUAAAAAAAGUUAUUUUUAUUUGUCUUCUGUUUUUCGAGCCUUUAUAAUGCACUCAGGUCAUGUUUUCAAGAUUAUCUCCACAAUCAGGAACUUGAAACUAAAGUUGAGAUUUUGACAUAAUCACUUGUCUCCAGUUGCUGGGGCUUUAAAUAAAGCACCAAAUAUCACCAGUCUCUUGAUAAAAACAGAAGAGUUGGCAACAUUGCAGAUACCGACAUCAAGGGAAGAACAGAUCACUUGGUGGCCCAGUCCUUCAGUUCUAUCACUGGUAAUAAUUUACAUAGCUUUGUAAAUGUACACAGGUACGUAAAACUCAGAAUAAGGAGCAAAAGGCCAUCCAUGGGUGUUAUACAUGCUUGCAAACUGCAGGCUACAACCAUAGGCUAAAAUGUUCAGCACCCAGCAGCCCCAAAAAUGUGGCCCCAGUUGUGGGCUCUGAGCGCUUUUGAAAGACUGGGUCAUAAUGGCCCACUACUAAAGGUCUGAUUGACAUUAAAGUCAAUGACAAGGCUCCCUUAGUGGUGCAGGAUCAGGGUCCAAAAUGGCAAUAGGCCUUGUUGCCUCCCAAGAAUAUAGCUUUUUUAGGGGCCACAAGAAUGCAAAUACAGUAGGAAAAUACAUGUCAGCAUUGUGUCUUAUUCAAAGCUGACUAUUGUAUUGUAUUUUAGAUUGACCUUAACAUUUUCUAGGUAAAGGGCACAAGUUAUGCUGCAUGAUAUGGACUACAGUACUAUAGAGUAUCCCAGAAACAUCAGGAAAAAAAGUUUGAUGCAAAAGUAAGUUCAUUUAGGCUUUUUACUUCAAAAGUUAUUUAUUUGUAUAUUUCACUAAAUAUUUAAUUUAUAUCUGUACAUAUUUAUGAUGCAAAUUAGGCCUCUAGUCAACAUGUGUGAUGCUGAAACAGUUGCCGUUAAUAAGUGGUCCCACAUCAAUAACACUGAACAGCCAAUAGCCUAACUAAUUUGAGUCUUUUUUCCCCCAGAUUGGCUCUGUAACUUUUUUCCCCAUAAUGAGGAAUGACUUGGGGUUAAUUUUUUAUCUCAUGCCUGAGAUGAGUGUGCCAAUUCCUCUAAGCAAACAGAAACUGCAGGCUGCUUAUAUGAUGCACAACUCCAUGUAAUGAUUCUUCCAUUCUGCCACAUACACCUUUAAGAGUGGGACCCCUAAAUGCCUGUUCUAAAUGACAUAUUGUGGACAUAUUGUGUAACUAAAUGUGCAAGUACAUUGCUAAUAUUUUGCAAUUAGCAUACUAGCUAAGACUAUUCUAUAUAAUGGCCAAGGUAUUGUAAUAUAGAAUAUACCAAACACCGGAAAUAGCCUCUUUCCAGAACAUAUUCAGUGCUGUGAAAUACUCAUUUUUUUGCUUGUUACUCUUACUGUACAAAUUUUAAUAAAAAGCAACAAAGUUUGUAUUUUCAUAGUUUUGAAAUUUCAGAAUUACCAGGCAAACUCAGCAAUAAGACAGUAUGACAUUUUAAAGAGAAAACUCUUGUAUUUUAAAUCAUCACAUUUCUAUGUCUUUUGAGAAAAUGUGACACAUGUGCUUCCUAAACAAACUCCUAUUACUGUAUCAGGUGCUUUUUUUAAAUAUCCGAUCAUAGUUUUGGGGAGACCAAAGGUGUUUUUUAUAGGAUGAUUUUGGUGUUUUGAUUUUUCUAACAGAGAAUACUUAAUUUAGUAUCAGUUUUUCAUUUUUUAGACACGUUCAAAUUAAUUGGGUCUGAUUGUAUGUUGUAAGAUAAUGUUCUCAUAUUAAGAAUGUAAUUAUUUCCUUAUUGUAUUUUAAAAAAAAAACAAAAUCAUAUUUAAAAAUCUCUGUGGGGAAAAAAGCAUGCAAGAAACAUGAAAAAAGCUUUUGUUUUAUUUUUGUUAUUGGAUAUGUUGGCAGUGCCCAUUAUAAUUGUAAAUAUAUUCUUUCUACUGUAUUUCUCAAUGUAUUUAAUUUUUAGAGACACAAUCAUGGAAAAUCAUGUUAAAAAAAUCCAAAAUCGACCCACCUGCAAGUGUGUGUCUUUAGCUUCAUUUAAUUUCUGUCUUUCUAGUUUAUUCUCCCAAAAGUCUUAGAGUGUGAAAAAGGACUGGCGCCUACUAGGUGUGACAGAUUUAUGUGCAUUAUUAAUAAAAAUUACCCUGUCAAAACAA